GAAACUUGGAACAGUGAGAUGCAAUUCGGCUGUUUGUCUUUAGCCUGGUUCUGAAUAUUUGGUGUGGGGGAGACUAUCGAAAUCAGCUGUUGCAUCACCAGGUAGUGCUGUCAUGACAGAGCCCACCACUUCUCAUUCGAUUCCUAGGGGUGUCAUGGUAGCUAGACUUGUCACGUCAUUGUGGAGCGACGGAUGGGUCCCUUUGAAGGUGAUUAACACGUCAGGGAGACCUAUACUGUUAAGGCGUAAUGCAAAACUGGCUGAUAUAUAUCCUUGUAUUGCACUUGAGGACGUUGAUAGUGUGGAUGCAGUCGAACCCCCCCUUGUAAGCUGUCCAAUGGGUCUGUCUGACUGUGGGGCCCAGUCAAUAUCUGCAAGUGAAAGGUUGAAAUCCAUGGGACUGUCUGACCUCGAUGUAGAGUCAUGUGAUGUUUCUGAUCAGUACAAGCAGCAAUUAGUCAGUUUGAUCUUGACAUAUGAAGACAUCUUUUCAAGAAAUCACCUUGACUGUGGAGAAGCUAAGGGCUUUGUACAUAGGAUCCACCUUUCGGACCCCAGGCCAUUCCGACUUCCUUUCAGGCGAGUAGCCCCCAGCCAGUACCACAAGCUGCGCCAGGUCCUGACAGAAAUGGAGGAAAAAGAGAUAAUUCGUCGUUCUACAAGUGAGUAUGCAUCUCCACUUGUUUUAGUGUGGAAGAAGAAUGGGGAACUUCGGGUUUGUACUGACUUCCGUUGGUUAAACAGAAGAACUUUAAAAGAUGCCCACCCUCUUCCACAUCAGGCAGAUUGCCUGGCAGCGCUUGGUGGUAAUGCUCUGUUCAGUACGAUGGACCUCACGUCGGGUUUUUACAACAUGCCACUGCAUGAGGACGAUCGUAAAUUCACUGCCUUUACCACUCCAAUGGGCCUGUUUGAGUACAAUAGGCUACCUCAAGGCCUUUGCAAUAGUCCCGGUAGCUUUAUGCGGAUGAUGAACAAUAUUUUCGGCGAUCAAAACUUUCUCAGCAUUCUGUGUUAUAUAGAUGAUCUGAUCGUCUUUGGCCCGAAUGAGCAAGUUGCACUUGAUCGUUUGGAGAUGGUGUUUGGAAGGCUACGGGCCCAUGGUCUGAAACUUGCUCCAAAAAAAUGUCACCUCUUGAGAGCAUCAGUAAAGUUUCUGGGGCAUGUCAUAAACAAGGACGGAGUGUCUACGGACCCUGAUAAGGUGGAGUGUAUUUCCAAAUUGAACAGUUCUGACCUCAUGGAAGCGGAUGGGAAGACACCAUCUCAGAAGAGAAUCAGAUCAUUUUUGGGGAUGAUGAACUAUUAUCAACAUUUCAUUCCGAAUUAUUCUGUUAAAGCAAAACCUCUCUUCGAACUUCUUCAAGGUCAGAAAGUCAGGGGACGGAAAAAUAAGACUCAAAAUGUGUUGUGCCAGAACAGGAAGUUAAGACCUGAGGAUUGGUCUCAAGCGCAGCAUGAUGCAGUUGAGCAGCUGAAAAUGUAUCUGGUCGGGAGUGUUGUUCUAGCUCACCCGGAUUUCUCACGUCACUUCAUAUUGGCGACUGAUGCUUCCCUGGAUGGUAUUGGAGCUGUGUUGUCACAAGUCCAGGAAGGGGAGACUAGAGCGAGACCAGUUGCUUUCGCCAGCAAAUCCCUUUCACGUUCACAGCGGAACUAUCCAGCGCACCGCUUGGAAUUUUUGGCCCUGAAAUGGUCCAUUUGUGAAAAGUUUGGCCACUGGCUAAAGGGACACAAUUUCACUGUUUUAACUGACAACAAUCCGCUUGCUCACAUACUCACAGCCUAAGCCUAAGCUGGACUGCUGUGAACAGCGCUGGGUGGCCAAAUUGGCCAGCUUCAACUUUGAUAUAAAGUAUGUACCUGGCCCUCAGAAUGUCAUUGCUGACUCCCUCAGCAGAGUUCCUGUCAAGAGUGGGGUGACACAAAGACUGCUUCAAGUGCCUUACGAUUCCAUGUUGACCGACAUGAGAGGGAUAUCUACUAACUCGGUGCAGGAUGCUUUCGGAUGGUCCAGUGGUAAAAAUCAGGAAGAAAGUGUUAUCCAACAACGACAGUCAUGCACAGUCAAUAAUGAUUUUGUCAUGGAUCAUCUUACUGUUGCAAGCUCGGAUGUCACUGCUGUCUUGACUUCUCAUAUGGAGUGGGAAUUUGGUGCUGAUACACGGGCUAUGGCAGUCGUGGAUCACCUGCCUCAGUUGGUUCCUGCGGGCCAGGACACAUUGCCAGCAUUUUCUGUGGAGGACCUGCGUGACAAGCAGAUGAAUGACAGAGUGUUAUCGAGAGUCAUAUCUUACGUUAAGAGUCGCCAGAGACCCACAAGGCGGGAAAGAGCAGGAGCGGCAGCUGCAGUGCUUCGUUACCUCAAACAUUGGGAGAAAUUGAUUGUGAGGAAUGGUGUUCUCUACAGGGUGUCUCAUAACCAGUCAUUAAGGACGAAACGCUUCCAGUAUGUUGUCCCAGACUCGAUGGUGGAUGUAAUUCUGAGAAGUGUUCAUGAUGACAGUGGCCAUCAAGGUCAAUUCAGGACUGUUAGUUUGGCGAAGCAGCGUUUCUUCUGGCUAAGCAUGGAGCACAGAGUACGUGAUUAUGUGCGCCACUGUCAACGUUGCAUCAUUAGUAAAAGUCCUGACCCUUCCGGCAGAGCUCCUCUGGAGAAUAUACAAUCUACAAGACCACUAGAGCUGGUCUGUAUUGAUUUUUGGUCAGCAGAAGACGCUAAGAAUAAGUCCAUCGAUGUCUUGGUUGUGACUGACCAUUUUACAAGGCUAGCUCAGGUUUUUGUUUGCCGAGACCAAUCCGCCAAGCAAGUUGCCAGGGUCCUGUGGGACAAAUAUUUUUGUAUCUAUGGCCUACCGGAACGUAUUCACAGCGACCAAGGUGCAAGUUUUGAGAGUCGGCUCAUUAGCGAACUUCUCAGAUUUUCAGGGGUGAAGAAAUCACAUACCACCCCUUACCACCCGAUGGGCAACGGUAGUGUGGAACGUUUUAACAGGACACUGGGCAACAUGAUCCGUGCUCUGUCUCCGGAUGUCAAGAGGGAUUGGCCGAGACGUUUGCAGACGUUGACGUUCCUGUACAAUUGCACGACACACGAGUCUACAGGCUAUGCACCCUUCUAUUUGAUGUUUGGUAGGGUACCACGCCUUCCAGUUGACAUUCUCUUCCGUUCAGUCUUGAAUGAUCAGAAUGUGAUCAGCUACGACAAGUUUGUUGACACACUUGUUAAAGAUCUAAAAGAGGCCAUGGUGAUUGCACAACAGCAUGCCACCAAAGCACAGAAGAGACAUGCAGCUCUGUAUAACCGCCGAGUGAAGGGGCUCACCAUCGACGUGGGAGACCAAGUGUUGUUGGCGAAUAAGGCCGAGAGGGGAAAAAGAAAAACUGCUGACCGGUGGGAGUCCACUGUCUACACAGUAGUGGACCACAAGCCUCAAACUCACACUUACAGAAUUCGAAACCCUGCCACAGGUCAAGAGAAGGUGGUUCAUCGCAAUCUCCUGUUGCUGGUCAACUUCCUGCCUGUGCCUGAAGAAAUAUCUGUGGAUUGUACGGUUUCCCUUGUGAGUGAACCCCAUAGUAACAUGCCUUCAAGUUCAUCAAGCCAGAAAGACUGCUCAGUGUUAAGUGAAGCCUCACCCACACACAUGGAUGAUGACAUUGCCUGUGAGUCAGUUCCUCUGACCAGUCAUGUGGAUGACGAUACUGACAGAACAUUGAGUUGGGUUACUCACCUACCUGAUGUGAGUCAAGAACCUACUUCAACUGUAGUCUCAGGUGAUGUUCUAGUUAAUCCAACACUACAAGCUGCUCCAGCGACGUCUUUUGAAAGUACAUCUGUGAAGUCAGAUGAAGUAACAACUGAUGUGAAUGUCACUGAAGAUAAAAGCUAUUCAAAUUCAGGAAACAGAGAGUCUGCAAGCACUGUUACGCCUGCUCGAGCACACUCACAGUCUUCCGGUGUGAUUCUGACCACACAUACGCCAGUUAACCCUAGUUCCACCAGACAGAUCAGAUCACGCUUUGGCCGUGCCAUCAAGCCAGUUGACAGAUUAAUUCAAACAAUGUCAGGCCAGGCUGUAAUUCAAGAUGCAAAGCGUAAUGUUGAGGCUGUUUGUAAGUCUAUGUUUCGAGCCUUUGUUAAUUAGGAAAGUUAAUCUACUUUUAUGGAACAUUUGAGAAAGCCUUUUCUUCUUUCUUUCCUAGUUUGUCUGGACUGGUUUAAAGUUCUUGGUUCAUGUUCAAAUGAUAUACCUGAGGAUGUAGGGUGCCUUAGUUGACCAUUAAGGGGGCCUCUUUAUUUACUCAAUUAUAUAUUUUUGUUUUCUUCUCUUUUAUUGGUGUAUUCUGAGAAUACGAGAUUGUUGAAGAAUAUUGUAGAAUGUAUGUGGACAUUCUGCUGUCGUUUGUUGAUACGGGAGCGUGGCGCUACUCUCUUAUCAAUUCAUCCUUAUGGGAUAAUUUUCAUAUUGACCGUCCUUUUAUGGCAGGUUCUUCUUUGAUGUGAAAUUUUCAUUAUGUGACUUUAUUUUUGUACCUUUGGUGAUGCCUAAGUUUCAUGUAAUUCUGCGGGGGUGAAUGUAACAGUUAAAAAGAAUGUUAAUUAUAACAAUAUUCAUUUUGUUUAAUUACAUGAAAUUAGAAGUAAAGUUAAAUCAAAUGGUGUUUUGGUGCCCCCUAGUGGCUAAUACAUUGCAGAGAGUAAUUAUUUUGUCCUUUUGCGCUUACCGUAGUUCAGCAGAAAAUGGCUGAUGAUGCUGCGGGUAUGCGUGUUUCUUUUCUGUGCUGAUUACUGUUAAACAAAUGUGAUAAAAGUGCAUACAGAGUUUGUUCAUUUUAUGUUUUUCUUGUUUCAGUUUAUGGUUUAUGUCUGCAGUGUAUUUCCUUGUCCAUAAAAUACACUUUAUUGUUUCUCAGCACACUGCAGCAAUGUCAGUAAACGCAAAAUGGAGCCAAGUGGAGCCUGUCACUCCGGGGAUGAAGGAUUUCUGCCUUGUGGUCAAGCCAGACAUAGAGAAGAUGGCUAGAACCACUUUUGAUGUUUACAGUCCUGUAAGCUUUGCUUAUCAGACUCUGGAAAGAGGAAUGAACUAUGUGAUCAAUGUGAAUGUCGGAGACGAGUGCGUUCAUGCGAUGGCAUCUGAAACUCUCCCCCAUGGAGAGAAACUGACUGUGCUUAGAAUCCAGUACCCUAAAGCCCUCAGUGACCCUCUGAAACCCUUCUGAACACGUCUAACCGCAUGCAGAAAAUAGUCUGUCUUAUCUAACAACAGACACACACAAUGAUCUGCCAUACUGUAUAGAGGAACUAUUGAAAACUGUUUCAUUCCUCAAUAUUAAACUCAAUAUUCAAACCCUCA